AUGUAUGAAAACAUGGAGGAUCGAUGGAUAAUGGCAAGGGGCAUCCGUGACCCAGUGGUUGGAGCAUCGCUUUCAAUACCACCUCUGUUCCGCGCGGGAUGGAAUCCUCCUCGCACCGAAAGACUAAGUCCAGGAGAUAUCAAUGCGCUCGUUUUCCAAGGAGGAGGAGCAAAGGGAAUAGCUUACUGUGGUGCUAUCAAGGAACUGACAGAAAGGAAAAUCAAGGAAAAGGUCACACGAUUCGGUGGUGCGAGUGCUGGUGCCAUUUGUGCAGCAUUUUUAGCGCUGGGAUGUUCAACAGAACGAAUGGAAGAAUUACUAAAGCAAGAUUUCUAUGAAAUGCUGAUGGGUGACCGCAAUGUUCUGAUCAUGUAG